ACGCCGCGACCAAGAACCAGGCCGCUGCUCCCUCCUCGGCCCCUGUGGGAGCAGGAUCUAGACCUCUGGGUGGAGCUGAGGGACGCAGGUGCCCAAGCGCUAAAGGGCCCUUCCAUGGAGGAUGUCAAUGAGGACCCCACUGUAUUCACUGCCCAUUCUCUGCCCAGUGACCCCCGGCUCCUGGCCACUGUGACCAACACAUACCUGGGCACACGAGUAUAUCAUGAUACACUGCAUGUGAGUGGUGUGUACAAUGGGGCAGGGGGAGACACACACCGAGCAGUUUUGCCAAGCCCCCUCAAUGUCCAGCUAGAGGUCCCUGCAGAGAUGGGAGAAGAGCUGACAGAGACCUUUGCCCUGGACACCAGCACAGGCUCCUUUUUGCAUACCCUAGAGGGCCCCAGCUUCCGAACCUCCCAGUGCAUCUAUGCCCACCGCACUCUGCCCCAUGUCCUGGCCUUCAGUGUGUCCAUCACCCGCCUGUCCCAAGGGAAUGAGCCUAUCACGGUGCUGCUGCGAUCGUCCUUCUCCCCAGAAAGCCCAGACCUGGACCUGCAUCUGGGUCCUGAUUUCCAAGGAGCCCGGUACCUCUAUGGCCAUACACUCACCCCUGAGCAGCCUGGAGGGCCGAAGCAGGAGGUACACAUGCUGUGGACACCAGUGCCCCCAGCUCUGACCCUUGGGGAAGGUGGGGAAGAUGGGGCCUGGGACUUCCUGACAGUGGUGGGCAGCAGCCAGGCUGAGGCACAGGCCUGCCUCACUGAGGCACUGCAGCUGCAGGCCAAGGGUGCCCUGUACAGGGCCCACACAGAGGCCUGGACCCAGCUCUGGGCAGGCUGUGGCCUGGACGUUGUGGGGCCCCUGCCCCUGCGCCAGGCCCUUCGUGGCUCCCUCUACUACCUGCUCAGUGCCUUGCCCCAGCCCGGGGCCCCAGGAUAUAUCUGCCAUGGCCUCAGUCCUGGUGGCCUCUCCAACGGAAGCCGUGAAGAAUGCUACUGGGGCCACGUCUUCUGGGACCAGGACCUCUGGAUGUUCCCGCUCAUCCUGAUACUCCACCCAGAGGCCGCCAGAGCCAUCCUGGAAUACCGAGUCCGUACACUUAGCGGGGCCCUAGAGAAUGCCCAGUACCUGGGCUAUGAGGGAGCCAAGUUUGCCUGGGAGAGUGCAGGCUCAGGCCUGGAGGUCUGCCCUGAAGACAUUUAUGGGGUCCAGGAGAUCCACAUCAAUGGGGCCGUGGUACUGGCCUUUGAGCUGUACUACCAUGCCACCCAGGACCUGCAGCUCUUCCGAGAGGCUGGUGGCUGGGAUGUGGUCAGUGCUGUAGCUGAGUUUUGGUGUAGCCGCGUGGAAUGGAACCCCAAAGAGGAGAAAUACCACCUGAGAGGAGUCAUGCCUCCAGAUGAGUACCACACAGGGGUCAACAACUCCGUAUACACCAACGUCCUGGCCCAGAACAGCUUGCACUUUGCUGCUGACCUGGCUCAGGACCUAGGGCUGCCCAUCCCUAACCAGUGGCUGGAGGUGGCAGACAAGAUCAAGGUGCCCUUUGACUGGGAGCAGAACUUCCACCCUGAGUUUGAUGGGUAUGAGCCUGCACCUUCCCCAGGAGAGCAAGUGAAGCAGGCAGAUGUUGUGCUCCUGGGGUACCCGGUUCCCUUCCCUCUGAAUCCCGAUGUGCGCAGGAAAAACUUGGAAAUUUAUGAGGCUGUGACAUCCCCCCAGGGUCCCGCUAUGACCUGGAGCAUGUUUGCAGUGGGCUGGAUGGAGCUGAAGGACCCAGUGCGGGCUCGGGCCCUUCUGGACAGGAGUUUCACCAACAUGACAGAGCCCUUCAAGGUGUGGACAGAGAAUGCUGAUGGGUCAGGCGCUGUGAACUUCCUGACAGGCAUGGGAGGCUUCCUGCAGGCUGUACUCUUUGGGUGCACAGGGUUCAGGCUCACCAGAGCAGGUGUGACUUUUGACCCCAUGUGCCUGGCAGGGGUCUCCAGAGUGUGUAUCUCUGGCAUCUCCUAUCAGGGGAACAAGCUGAACUUCUCCUUCUCUGAGGACUUUGUGACAGUAGAAGUUAUGGCCCGGGAGGGACCCUGGGCCCCACCACUGGAGGCCAAGCUUUGGCCAUCACAGGCUCUGCUUCCCCUGGUGCCAGGAAACAAAGUCUCCUUUCCCCGUUCUGCUGGCCGGAUACAAAAAUCAGCUCCAUAGCUGCCUAGAAGUUUCAGCUGCAGGAGUUUCCUGCAGAGGGUUUGGGGGUGUGAGACACUUGCUGCAGAGCUUAAAUACCCCUCAGAUUCACCCUUGGUUCCUCCAGCCCUGCCCCUGAACAACCAGGAGUGCUGGGUCCAGAAUUGUCUCUCCUCAUGGCCUCUCUCUGGCCACUCUUUCCACUCCCACCCCUCUGACACCUUCUGACCUGCAACCCCAACCCACCUGCUGCCCAGUUCACAGGAAAGUCCAGGUUGCUUGGCCUAAAGUUGAAGGCCAUCUGCCUCCAGCCUUAGCCCUUCUUAAGUCCUUAAUUGGCCCACACUUCAUCUCUGGCCUCUUGUACCCCACUCUUCUGGGAGCUGCAGUCCCAGAAGCAGCCAGAAACUUGGCUGAGAAAGCAGAGGCAGGUGCAGACCUCCGUGGGGAUGGCAAUGUGAAGGGCCUGAAGGAAGCGGCUUUGGUCACCUGCAGAACGAUCCAGGCCUCUCAGUUGCAGCUUUGCCAAAAAGAAACUGUCCACAUGAUGCCACUGAGGAGCAGGCAUGGUGUGGCCAGUCCCAGAGCUCACACGGUGGCUUAAUCCAAAAGCUGGGCUCCACAGCCUGUGGCACAGACAGGGUGGUGGGAAGCCCUUCUUCUCCACAUAGCCUGUGGGGAGGUGUCUAUCAUCAGGCAAUAGAACAGAUGCAUGUGAGAGCAAGACCCCAAAUCUUUCCACUGACCAGCUAGAGGGGCCAGAACCAAAUGUGCAUGGGUUAAAGACUAUGGCCCUGGGCCCCUUUGCCCUAGGUAGGGGGCAAAGCCCUGGCUGUGAGAAGCCCAGGGCCACAGCCAGAAGCUCUGCCCAACUCCUGGGCCUCAGCCCCUGGGGUGAGUCAUUGGUGAUUUCCCAAAAAGGACAGUAGAGGGCAUCUACUGAGAAAUCCUGAUAAAAACCGAGGCCUGGACACCACAUCAGCUUAAGGAAUUAAAGCAGGGAGACUCACUCCUCCGAGGAGCUUCCUUCCUUUUGAAAGCAAGGACUGUGUGAUGAGUCCUGCUUCCCUCCUCACUUGGGAGCCAGAGAUGCAGCAGCCCCAGAGCUCAAGCUGAGCAGGAGGUCUCCUCAUUCCUGCACCUCCCAUCUCUCUUGUAGGAUAACCCUAUUCCUUGCUCUUGGUGGAGACUUUGUCCAUGUUCUCCAAGAAGCAGCCACCAGCAGAAUGAUCCAGGCCUCUCAGUUGCAGAGAGCCUCAUGGACAUAGGUCUGUGGCAACUUGUGAGGGAAGGAAGUGUGUGUGGAGAUGUCUUGCAGGUGUCUUGUCUCCUUGGCUCUGCUGCUCAGGAGCAGCAUGUGGGAUGCAAGUGUGUGCCCCACAGCUGAGUUGCCCUAAGAGGCAUCCUCAUGGCUGCCCUGACGAGAACUGGGUGGGGUGCAGCUGAUAGAAGCCAGUGGACACAUUUCUUAAGGCCACUGUGACCAGGUGCAUGCUUGCCCAGGCUCACAGCCACAGUGGAGGGUGUGGGGUCUUGAGGAAUGGAUCUCUGGCCUCUGUGGGCCCCACUGAGGUCCCUCAUCUGCAGAACUGUGGCCAUCAAAGUCUGUCCCUGGGCAGCAAGGAGCCAAGAUGGGGGCUUUGGGGUACAUGCUGCCAGCAGGGCAGAUGCUUACCCUGGCAGCUCUCACCAGGAUGACGUGAGUACAGGCAUCAGAGCGUGGAGGCAGGAGGCCCUACACCUGUAGGACAUAUGCAGCCUGCAUGUGUGGCAUGUGUAUGUAUAUGUGGUCAACUCUGUGCACACAGUGGGGUGACCCUGUGAGGAGUGGUGAAGGGCCAGCCAGUGCCCAUGUGCUGGGAUGGCUGGCCAGGAUCUGUCAACCUGCCCAGGAGACUCAGCCUGGGGUAAGAAGGCUGCUAGUGAUACUUCCCCUCAGGAGGUGCAACUGAAACUCAACACCUGCCAUGGGCCAGACCCCUGCCCCUCACUGAGUGGACAGACCAUCCAUCCUAUCCUGAGGACAUGUGUCCAGCCACACAUGAGCUACCCUGUUACCAGCCUCUACAUCUGGCAUAACUUAGCCUCUUGUUGGAUCAAACCUGGAGCUCAGGGUGGGCACACCAUCUCCAUCCCAGUCCAAGCUCAAGCUGGCACACUGUCCUAUCCUGAGAUUAGCCCUGUCUGUCCCAGCACACACACAUGCAGGGUCUGCUCAACCCGCAGACACUGUCCUCAGUUUGGGGCUCCAUGAAGGCAGAUGGGCCAGUGGCUGACUACAGGGGUGCCGCAGAUUGAGAGGCUCCAUGUGGAGGGAAGGGACCCUGGGUGGAGUGUUCAAAACCUGAACUUCCUUACAGUUAAGGCCCCUGUAAUUAGCCCACCCUGUCAUUGGCCAGCCAUAGCAAAGUCCCAGGGCCUCACCCUAACCGCACAGGGUUUGUAUGUGUGUGGAGCAACCUCUAUUUGUUAAGCUCUGUUGGUUCCAGUGGAUGUGUGUGGGACGCCAUGUGGUGCACAAGUGAGGUGAAAUAUAG